UCAAGACCUCACCUGAACAACAGCAGCUAACUCAGGACGUCCCGCGGCAGGCCUCAGGAUGGUGUUGUCAAUGAUGCUGUGCUUUAUUCUUGGCUGCUCCAUGGCAAACACCGAAGACACACUUGCUGCAUCUCAGUUCUGUGCUUUCAAUGGAUCCACUCGCUCUUUCAUCUGUCUGGGCAACAAGGUGCUUGAGAUACCAAGAAGAAUACCCACAAAUACCACGUUUGUGGAGAUCAAACUGACUCAGAUCAGCGUGUUUCGCCGAGCAGCCCUGUCUGAACUACACGAGCUGAAGAGAAUAGUGGUGUCCGAGAACGGGGCUCUCGAGCGAAUCGAAGCCUUAGCCUUCUUCAACCUGACAGAACUGGAGGAAAUAACUAUUACAAAGUCCAAAAAUCUUGUGAUGCAUAAAGAUGCCUUCUGGAGACUUCCAAAGCUGCGAUAUCUGACUAUCUCAAAUACUGGUCUUAAAAUCCUGCCAGAUUUCUCCAAGAUCAACUCUGCUGCUCUUGAAUUUCUAUUUGAUCUACAAGAUAACAUGCACAUAGAGAGGAUUCCCAGUAAUGCUUUCCUCGGAUUGACCAACGCCACCAUAACUGAGCUGAGAUUAACGAAGAACGGGAUUCGUGAGAUAGACAGCCAUGCAUUCAAUGGUACCAAAAUUGGAAAACUCUUUCUCAUGGGAAACCAGCAGCUGAAUCACAUCCACAGUUACGCCUUUAAAGGAGCCGAAGGCCCCGUCGUUCUGGAUAUCUCCAGAACUGCUGUUCACACUCUGCCGGAAAGCAUGCUGAAGACUCUUAAGCUUCUGAUGGCCGUUUCAGUCUACUCUCUGAGGAAGCUUCCCAGCCUGGAGCUGUUUACUGAGCUCACGCAGGCUAACCUGACCUACCCCAGCCACUGCUGCGCCUUCAAAAACUUCAAGAAGCACAAGUCUGUGAAGAAUCAAAUGUGCAACGUGACUGGAGCUCACGAGGAACCUGAUUUUUUCAAUUUUUUCAACGACCACUGUAAGGACGUAAUAGAAGUGACCUGCUACCCCACCCCAGACGCAUUCAACCCUUGCGAGGACAUCAUGGGCUUCACAUUCCUGCGUGUUCUGAUCUGGUUCAUCAGCGUACUAGCCAUAGUAGGCAAUACCGUGGUCCUUCUGGUGCUCCUCACCAGCCGCUACAAACUUACCGUUCCCAGGUUUCUAAUGUGCCACUUGGCUUUCGCCGACCUUUGCAUGGGAAUCUACCUGUUGCUCAUCGCUGCAGUAGACAUUCACACACAGUCGCGCUACUAUAACUAUGGCAUUGACUGGCAAACAGGAGCAGGCUGCCAUGUGGCAGGAUUCUUCACCGUCUUCUCAAGCGAGCUCUCCGUCUAUACUCUGACCGCCAUUACCCUGGAGCGCUGGCACACCAUCACUUAUGCCAUGCAGCUCGAGCGCCAAAUGCGUCUACGCCAUGCUUGCCUAGUGAUGGCAACAGGCUGGCUUUUCUCCCUUCUCACUGCUUUGAUGCCCAUGUUUGGAGUGAGCAGCUACAGCAAGACCAGCAUCUGCCUGCCAAUGGAUGUAGAAACGUUGCUUUCACAAGGUUAUGUGGUGCUGUUGCUUCUACUCAACGCUGCUGCUUUUUUGGUUGUGUGCGUUUGCUACACACUCAUCUACUUGACCGUCCGUAAUCCCGCUUUUGUUCCUGCCAAUGCAGACAUGCGUAUCGCCAAGCGCAUGGCAGUGCUCAUCUUCACCGACUUCUUGUGCAUGGCGCCCAUCUCAUUUUUCGCCAUUUCUGCAGCAUUUAAACUACCACUGAUAACCGUUUCACACGCCAAAGUUCUACUGGUGUUAUUUUACCCCAUCAAUUCCUGCUCAAACCCAUUCCUCUAUGCCUUCUUCACUAAAACCUUCAAAAGGGAUUUUUUCAUUCUGACUAGCCGAUUUGGAUGCUUUAAAAGGCGUGCGCAUAUCUACCGCACUGAGAUUUCUUCUGGCCAAAAUGGAGCUGUGGUGCCUUCACCGAAGACUAGUGAUGGGACGCUGUACUCCCUGGUGCACAUCGCCCAAGUGCACUGACAUCUGUCUGAAUCUGUCAGAACUCUAUGCUGCUUGAAGACAAACAUGAGGAAAAGCGUGGAAUCUGGAUGUGAAAUAUUUUCUACGGUGUGAAAUUAAGGCGUCUCUUUUGUGCACUGGACCAUUAAGGUCAACUGAUUAAGAUGUUUUUAGAAAUACCAUUCACAAGAUGCUGCUUGGUUGAGCUAUGACCCAUCCUGUGUGCAGUUAGCCCAAAGUAUACAAUCAAACACACAGGGAUAAAAAGUAUACAACCUCUGGCAAAAAGUAUGGAAUUGCCACUCUUGGAUUAUGUUCAUUCAAAUGUUUAAUUGUGUAGAAAAAAAGCAAACACAUGUAUGCCACAAAACUAUUUUCAUUUAAUAAUCCAACCUUCUGGCUGUAUGAAAAGCUUAAAAAAAAAGAAAAGAAAGAACACUGUAGUCAUUUACAACUGUUUUUACAGAUCAAACAAUAGAAAAAAAAAAA